ACAAGCCCUCUGAUUGGCCAAGCGUCUGACGCCGGGGGGUAAAAUUUGUGAAUGGCUUCAAACUGACUUGAGAUGUGAAAUGAUUUAUAAUGUUUUAUCAGCACUUUAGCAGAUGUUAUUUUUAUUUGAUGUGACAUUCUCGAGGACUGGAUUUGUGAAGGGGAAACGAUGUCGGACGCUGAAGGCGCUCGCAGUCCAGACCAGCUGAAUAAAUUCGAGAAACUGACAGGCAGGCCGCCGCACCGUGAGACGUUAGCAGGUCAUCGUACUCCCCCUGCCCGCAGUGGGCAUCGCUGCGUUGCAGACAACACUAACCUGUAUGUGUUUGGAGGGUACAACCCUGACUACGAUGAGUCAGGAGGCUCAGACAAUGAAGAUUAUCCACUGUUCAGGGAGCUAUGGAGGUACCACUUUGCCACAGGCUGCUGGCAGCAGAUUCGAACAGAAGGCUACAUGCCCACAGAGCUGGCAUCUAUGUCAGCUGUUUUGCAUGGCAACAACCUCCUGGUGUUUGGAGGCACUGGGAUCCCUUUUGGUGAAAAUAAUGGCAACGAUGUUCACGUUUGUAACGUGAAGUACAAGCGAUGGUCACUGCUCAACUGCCGUGGGAAGAAGCCCAACAGAAUCUAUGGACAGGCAAUGGUCAUUAUAAACGGCUUCCUGUACGUGUUUGGAGGGACGACGGGGUACAUCUACAGCACAGACCUGCACAGGCUGGACCUGACCACCAGGGAGUGGAUUCACCUCAAGCCCAACAACCCUCCUGACGACCUGCCUGAGGAACGGUACAGGCAUGAAAUAGCACAUGAUGGACAGAGGAUCUACAUCCUGGGAGGGGGAACUUCCUGGACAUCUUAUCCUCUGGACAAGGUACAUGCAUACAAUCUGGAAACUAAUUCCUGGGAGGAGAUUACAACUAAACCUCAUGAUAAAAUAGGGUAUCCUGCUCCUAGGAGAUGCCAUAGCUGUGUGCAAAUACGAAAUGAUGUAUUUAUCUGUGGAGGCUACAACGGGGAGUUGAUAUUAGCUGAUCUGUGGAAGAUCAACCUGCAAACUUUCCAGUGGAGUAAGCUACCAGCAGUGAUGCCUGAGCCAGCAUACUUCCACUGUGCUGCUGUUACCCCAGCUGGCUGUAUGUACAUCCAUGGUGGCGUAGUGAACAUCCAUGAGAACAAGAGAACUGGCUCUCUGUUUAAGAUCUGGCUGGCAGUGCCCAGCCUGCUGGAGCUAUGCUGGGAGAAGCUCCUCAAGUCUUUUCCCCACAUGACUUCACUCCCCACCAUGCAGCUGCUCAACCUGGGCCUAACACAGGAACUCAUUGAACGCUUGAAAUAAGCCGCACACUGGAGGAUGGACAGAGGAAUGGAUGGGAUGGGCUGGGCCGGACCUGGGAGAUGAGGCCUGACAGAGCACAGGAGUUUAAUUUGCAGCAAAAUUCUCGGGAAAACAUCCUCUCGCUCCCCUGCCUAACGUAGCCCCGCCUUAAACCAAAAACAAUUGGAUGCCUUUUUUCGUUGUUUUUGUUCUUAUUUUUUGCAGUUUCAGUGAUGAUAAAGAAAAUAAAUGUGGAAUGUUUUAUGGAUUUUACUCAACUCCCCCCCCUUCUCCUGCUGCCACUGUUCCUUACAUGAUGCCUUUGUGUCAAGCUAAGUAUGAAUUCGUGCUUCUCAUCUGCCAAACUGUGACUGCUGGAAAUACCAAGUCAUGUUUUCAUGACCUCUCCUCUCCCAUUUUUAAAAAAUCCACUCUCUCUAGUAAUUUUUAAGAAUUCUGUGCAAAGGACGAAUGCAUGUAUAUUUAUUGAAGGACUAAAUUGUUUUUUCGGGGGAGAUUGCUUCACCUGAAAUUGCUGUUUGCACAAUUUGACUUGCAUAUUUGUAGGAAUUUACUUUUUAAAUAGAUCCUGUAUGCAGAGGUGACCACUAAUGCUUUCAGUCUAAAAAGUGGCAGAGAGUGGUUUUGCUACAGGACCAUGCCAGUGUUUUUCCACAUUUUAGUCAAUUUAAUACAAAUGUCAUAUAUAAAUUUCAUUACAUGCUUUAGUAUUUUAGAUUUUUAAAAAUAUUUUUGUGACUAUCCAGGUGGCCUUUUUGGUUCAGUUUCCUCCUUAUGGCAUGAAAAUCAACUUCCAGAAGCUUGAAACCUGCUUGACAUAAAUGGUUAAUCACACAGAUGUUCAUGUCUGCUUUUAGUUAGUUUUUAUGUAAAAUGGUCAUGAGUAACAUAUGCUAUUUGUGGUAAAUUGACUAAAACACUUGUAAAGAAAAGGUUAAAUGCUGGUUUUGCCCAUGUCUGAGCCUUUGUAUUUUCCGUUAUACGUCAUAUUACAGCCUAGUCUGGAGAAUCAUCUGCAAAAAAAGGUCAAAAGGUUAAAGGAAGGUGGAUAUCUUCAAGAUGAUGUUAUUUCCAUCCGUUUGCUUGCAGCUCCCAUCUGUAAACCAAACCAUGCAACACAUCACUGUGAAUUUGGUGCUCUUUAAAAUUAAUUUUAAAUGCUUUUAUUCGAAUAAAGAGUUAAUUCUGUGCAGACGUUUACUCCCUCUGUUGAUAACAUUGAGCUGGUUUUGUCACAGGGAGUUACUUUAGUAGCAGGCUUAUACAAACAGUUUGUGUAUACUGCAGUGCCUUUCAAACUUUUAAUGAGGUUGAAAUUUCACAAGUAUAGGCAGUAUAAGAUCUUUUCAUGUUUAAACAAACAGGGUUUAUGUUGAAAUUUCUUUGUUUUAGAGUGAACAUUUUAACCACUUCCAAACCAUCACAUUUAAUCACUCAACAUGUUGGUGGCCAAAAUUCUGAUUUUGUUUUCUCUUCCUGUUAAUAACUAUUAAGUCUUUUGAUGAGUCUUCAAAGAAACCAUACAGUUUCUGCUGCCAAAUAAUGUUGCACCUUGAACAAAGUAUGAUUAUAACAAGGAAUAAGAGGCCAGGAUGGGAUGUUGCCAGAUGACUUGAUGCCUCCCACAAAUGCAUGAAUCUACCUGCACUUCUUCACCAUGCCCCUUUAUUUAUGUUCUGCAUUACAAACUAUUUGGUGCAUGAAGUCAUUCACUGCUUUUUACAUGAACACCAUCAGAUCUUUACUUUGGGACAUAGAUUUAAAAGGUGACCACUUAAAUGUUGUACAAUAGACUUGUGUGAAUGUUGUAUUGGAGUUCUGUCAAUAAAAGUGUUCUGUAAAUAGCUCUCUA